AAUAACUUCAAACCAUUUCAUUCGAGUAACAAGAAAGCUCUCUUCUCUUUUUCUCCACAACUUCAGCUAAGAAGAAACGAGAGACCGUAAAACGACGACGUUGACGGUAACGGUGACGGAGAAUAAAAGUAAAGAAUAAUUGUUUGCCAUGGGGUUAAUUGGUAACGCCGGAGGAGGUUGGGGUAUCGCGGGGAGGCCUUGUGACUCGUGCAAAUCGGCUGCUUCGGCAGCCGUGUUCUGCCGAGCUGACUCGGCUUUCUUGUGUCUCAGCUGCGACGCCAAGAUCCACUGCGCCAACAAGCUGGCGUCGCGUCACGAGCGAGUUUGGGUCUGCGAGGUCUGCGAGCAAGCCCCCGCCGCCGUCACCUGUAAGGCUGACGCCGCUUCCCUCUGCGUCUCCUGCGACGCUGACAUCCACUCCGCUAACCCCCUCGCCCAGCGCCACGAGCGAGUUCCCGUCGAGCCAUUCUAUGACUCGACGGACUCCAUCGUCCGCUCCUCAGCCGCGCUUAAUUUCUUCGCGGUACCUGCUAGUGGCGCGUGCUCUGACGAGACUGGUGGAGGCGCGUGUCGUCCCGACGAGGAAGUCAGUGUCGUUGAUGCUCCUACGCCGUGGAUGAUUUCUAAUCCUAAUUUUGGUUCCAAGCUCAUGGCGGAGGCACCUGAUGUUGUGAAAUCAACCGAUCAUUUGUUCUUCUCUGAAAUGGAUUCGUUUCUGGAUUUUGAUUACCCGAGCACGAUCCACUCUAGCUCCGUAACCGAUAGCGUCGUUCCGGUUAAAAUUAAACCGAAUCCUCCAUCUCCGAUAGUAAACAACUCGGAAAAUUACUUCGACCUCGAUUUUUGCAGAUCCAAGCUCUCUUCCUUCAACUACCCCGCCCAGUGUCUCAGUCAAAGCGUCUCAUCGUCGUCACUAGAUGUGGGAGUAGUCCCCGACGGAAGCUCCAUGUCCGAAAUCUCUUUCUCUUUCGGUCGAAGCUUGAGCCAGAACAACAACGUCUCGUCCACCGAUCCAAUUCCGAGCAUCUCGGCAUCAACGAACUCGUCCGAGCCGACUCAGCUCUGCGGAUUGGAUCGGGAGGCCAGAGUUUUGAGGUACAAGGAGAAGAGAAAGAACCGAAGGUUCGAGAAGACGAUUCGCUACGCUUCGAGAAAAGCUUACGCCGAAACCCGUCCAAGAAUCAAAGGCAGGUUCGCCAAGCGAACCGAAACAGAGGCCGAUCUCGACCUCGAACCAAUCUACGGCUCGGCCGCUGCUGCAGCAGCUUUUAUAGCCGAGUCUCAAUACGGCGUCGUUCCAACGUUUUGAUUCGGACGACUCCAAUUCCCAACCCAAAAAAAAAAAAAAAUUGGCCUUGGGCUCUGUUUGGAUAUCUUCUUCUUCUUCAUCAUCAUAAUCUUCUACUAUGCUUAGUUCUUCCAAAAAAAUCAUGAUCUUGUACUUCACUGAUGUGAUUCCUUGAUCUUGUUUUUAGAAUAAUCGUACGGUCUAAAAGUGUUUUCUGAAUAUUAGUAUUAUUACGUAAUGUUUUUUUUUUUAAUCUGAUGGUAGAGUUACAGGCUUUUACAGCCUUUGAUAUAUAUAUUUAUAAAUAUUGUAAUUUUGUUUUUAAUUUUUGAAGCUGUUUUUUUAGAGCUUAAGCAGCCAAGUGUAACUCUUCUCUUUGUAUCUAAUGCCAGUAAUUAAACUCUUUUAAGUUUAUGAUCUCAAA